AUGGCCAGUGCAAGUGAGGAGAACGGCAGCGAGCCGAUCAAGCGAGAUGUUCGCAACCAUAUGCUCUUCGAGGUGGCCACCGAAGUCGCCAACCGCGUAGGAGGAAUCUACUCCGUGCUCAAGUCCAAAGCCCCCGUCACAACGGCGGAAUAUGGCGAGCGCUAUACCUUGAUCGGGCCUCUGAACCGAGCUUCGGCGGCCGUCGAGGUCGAGGAAUUGACCCCCUCGAAUCCUCGCAUGGUGGAAACCAUCCAGUCCAUGAAGGAACGCGGCGUUGAGAUGGUCUACGGUCGUUGGCUGAUUGAAGGCGCUCCGCGCGUACUUCUCAUCGACACGGGCACUGGCUACAAGUACCUGGACGAGUGGAAGGGCGAUUUAUGGAACACGGCGGGCAUUCCAUCGCCGUCGGCUGAUACGGAGACAAAUGAAGCCAUUGUCUUUGGAUACUUGGUGGCAUGGUUCUUGGGUGAGUUUAUCGCUCACGAACGCCGCCGUGCUGUGGUCGCUCAUUUCCACGAAUGGCUUGCUGGCGUUGCUCUCCCUCUUACCAAGAAGCGGCAUAUGGACCUGACGACCAUCUUCACCACUCAUGCGACGCUCCUCGGACGCUACCUCUGCGCGGGCUCCGUGGAUUUCUACAACAACCUCCAUCAUUUUGACGUGGAUGCGGAGGCUGGUAAACGUGGGAUCUACCAUCGAUACUGCAUCGAGCGAGCGGCUGCCCACACGGCGGAUGUCUUUACCACUGUCUCGCAUAUCACUGCGUUCGAGAGUGAACAUCUGCUGAAGCGGAAGCCGGAUGGAGUCCUACCCAACGGACUUAAUGUGAAGAAAUUCUCGGCCGUCCACGAGUUCCAGAAUCUUCACUCGCAGUCCAAGGAGAAGAUCAAUGAUUUCGUCCGCGGUCACUUCUAUGGCCACAACGAUUUUGAUCUGGAAAACACCCUCUACGUCUUUACCUCGGGACGUUAUGAGUUCCGGAACAAGGGCGUUGACAUGUUCAUCGAAGGCCUGGCGCGUCUGAAUCAUCGCUUGAAGGAUAGCGGGUCGAAAACGACCGUUGUUGCAUUCAUUAUUAUGCCUGCGCAAACAACAUCCCUCACCGUCGAAGCGCUUAAGGGACAGGCAGUCGUGAAGUCAUUGCGUGACACCAUCGAGAUGAUCGAGCAAGGCAUUGGGCGACGCAUGUAUGAGCGCUGCUUGGCAUGGAAGGAGGGCGAGAACAUGCCUGACGAGAAGGACUUGAUGGCCAGCCAAGAUCGGGUCCUGUUGCGUCGUCGCCUGUUUGCCAUGAAACGACAUGGGCUGCCUCCGAUUGUCACUCACAAUAUGACAAAUGACCACGAGGACCCCAUCCUGAAUCAAAUCCGCCGCGUUCAGCUGUUCAACCACUCGUCAGACCGCGUCAAGGUUGUUUUCCACCCCGAGUUUCUUAACUCUUCCAACCCCGUGCUGCCAUUGGACUAUGAUGACUUUGUCCGCGGGACGCAUCUCGGCGUCUUUCCGUCGUACUAUGAACCGUGGGGAUAUACGCCAGCGGAGUGUACGGUGAUGGGAGUUCCCAGUAUCACCACCAACCUGUCAGGAUUCGGUUGUUAUAUGGAGGAAUUGAUCGAAAACUCGUCCGACUACGGUAUCUACAUCGUGGACCGCCGGAUGAAGGGCGUUGAUGAUUCAGUGAACCAGCUUACCGAAUUUAUGUACAACUUCACGAUGAAGAGCCGACGACAACGGAUCAAUCAGCGGAAUCGGACCGAGCGGCUGAGCGAUCUGUUGGACUGGAAGCGCAUGGGAUUGGAAUACGUCAAGGCUCGGCAGUUGGCUCUGCGAAGAGCUUACCCAUCUUCAUUUGGUAGCACCGAAGAUUUCUUUGAUGUCAUUGGAGGCACCGAGCAGAAGCUGUCGCGGCCGCUGUCCGUUCCCGGCUCGCCUAAGGAUCGUUCGGGAGUGAUGACCCCCGGAGACUUCGCAUCGCUUCAGGAGAUCAAAGAGGGACUGAGUACCGAGGAUUAUGUUGCCUGGAAGCUUCCUACCAACGAGGAGGAGGAGCCCGACGAGCCCUUUUUCCCACUAACCCUGCGCACCAAGAAAGCCGGCGACCGACCGUCGUCGCCGCUCGAUCGGAUAUCAGUCAACGGCGACACCUAA